CAGGCCAAGCCCUCUGGCGUCAUGGAGAGGCUCGUCCUAACCUUGUGCACCCUCCCGCUGGCUGCGGCGUCUGCUGGCUGCGCCACGACGCCAGCUCGGAACCUGAGCUGCUACCAGUGCUUCAAGGUCAGCAGCUGGACGGAGUGCCCGCCCACCUGGUGCAGCCCGCUGGACCAAGUCUGCAUCUCCAACGAGGUGGUCGUCUCUUUUAAAUGGAGUGUACGCGUCCUGCUCAGCAAACGCUGUGCUCCCAGAUGUCCCAACGACAACAUGAAGUUCGAAUGGUCGCCGGCCCCCAUGGUGCAAGGCGUGAUCACCAGGCGCUGCUGUUCCUGGGCUCUCUGCAACAGGGCGCUGACCCCACAGGAGGGGCGCUGGGCCCUGCGAGGGGGGCUCCUGCUUCAGGUGGGCCUCAGCCUCCUCAGGGCCCUGUUGUGAGGGCCCUCCCUUUACGCCCCCUCCUGGCCCUGCUGGCCCAUCCCGUCUCCUGCCUCCAACUGCCAUCCUGCCUCCGCCCCUUCCAGGACACUGGGGGGGGGACCCUCCCUCUCUGAGGUGGUGGGGAGGGUGCCAUUGCCUCCACCCCGGAUCUAGCCACCUCACUCCUCCCCAACGGGGGCCCCUUUGCUGGAGAACCCCAAGGAUUCAGCAACUGCUCCUCCUGGGGAAGGACGGUGCCUCUGAUGUGGGUGAUGAGAAGGACGGUGCCUCUGGUGUGGGUGAUGGGAAGGACGGUGCCUCCGGUGUGGGUGAUGGGAAGGACGGUG